AUGUGGACUGGUCAAAGAUUGGAUUGUCAAAGAAAGGAGGACAAUGAAAAGGUUCCAAAUUGUUGUGCAAGACAUACAUUUAUAAUGGAACCUGAUUUUUCGGAACAAAAAACUUUGAUCACAGAGACUGUUGAAGCUGCUAGGCAUAUUUUUGAAUUAUACUCAAAAUUUUACUGUGAAUGCAACUUCAUUGAAUGUUUUUGGGAUGCUGCCAAAUGA